AUGAUGAUGAUGGAUAGCAGCUCUAGACGUCGUUCAGGAAUGGACAAGUCCGUGAGGGAGGAGCUCGAUGAAGCAAAGGCCGAGUUCGACAAGUUGAAGAGUCAACUGGAUGACGUACAAAAGGAUUACACAGAGAAGUCCGAUGAGCGCAUUGAUGCAAUGAGUGCCUUGUUUCAAAUCCUUGACAUCAUUGGGAAGAGUGAAUGGCGCAAGCAACAGAAAGCAGACAAACUGGCUGAUGAUGCAUGGAAGCUUUCCGAGGAAUGUCAAGCAAGAGCCAAAACUCAACUGGACAAACUGGAGGCAGCCACUCAUCGUGAGAUGAUGGCCAGCAAAGCAGAGAAUGAAGAAGCAAUGAACGACAUGAGCGCUUCUUGUCAAUGGGAAGACACCACAAACCAGUAUCUCCGUCAAAUCAAACAAUUGAAGCGUGAUAUCAACAACCGUCAGAACUACUUGGAUUUUGAAUCCAAAACCAAAGAGGACGUUGUGAAAGCCACGAAGAAGGUCAUUGCGAUGUUGAACAAAGAGUGUGAUGACAAGGAUCUCAUCAAGAAAGUGAAGAAAACAGCUGGGUUCAGCUGA